AUGAAGACGCCGACGUACUGCUGGAAGCGUGCCACCUCCGGGUCGGACGACAUGCCUGGCAUACCACCGCCACCGCCGCCUGACUUGCCGCCACCUCCACCACCAAGCAGGGCCGGCGAUCGGAUUGUAGACCCCGCUCAGCAUUUCGCCCAUCUCAAAGAGGGCGCGAUGGGCGGAGUCGGGGACUUCCGGGGCGGCGCCGCUGUUUCGGCGCCACCGAGCACAAGGGCGAGAAGUAGGCGGACUAACGAGUUCAUGGAAGGGAAGGGGGUCAGCGCAAGCAUCUGGGGCAGCGGCGAGGGCAGCGGCGGGGGCGAAGGCUCCAUCGGCAUCGACCAAGACUUCUCCGGGAAGCUCGGCCUCAGCCAGCAAGCAAGCGGCGAGGGCAAAACCGAGACGGCCACGCUGACGGUGCCGCCGGCACCCGGCAACGCUGUUGGCGCCAAGCUGGCAACGGCACUGGCAGGGACACUUGUCAAUGUCCUCCCCGCCGCCAUCACGUCAGCGGAGGGGGGAGGCGCCGCGCUCGCCUUGACCUUCGACACGAGUGGCACGGUCACCGCGAUCUUUGUCACCGUCCCCGGCACGGGCUACGUGGCGGGCAACACCCUGACCGUCAACAAGGCGUCCUACGACGGGGCGCAUGAUCUCACCAUCACAAUCUCGCAGGACAACAUCGACGCCUAG